AUGAGUCAUGACAUUUGAUCUUACUUAAUUCAAUCCAAGAAUGCCACGUGCCUCAAUCCCAACAUUUUGAAGGAAUUGAAUCAAUGUACAGGUUGCAGCAUGGGACCCAAUACAGCUCCCGACAUAAUUUUUCUUGUAUUCUUUGAUUGCCAACAAAACAAGAAACGUAUCCAUUCUCCUUCACCUUUCAUCAAUAAUCCCUAAUUAAUUAAUUAAUUAAUUAAUUAAAAAAGAAGAUUAUCCUCAACACACGAUCCACACCAACUCCACGCGCUUAUAGUUAGUUAGUUAAUUAGUUAUCAUCAUCAUCAUCAUCAUCAUCUUAUAGACACAAAGAGUGUUGUUUCUGUGUUAUGUCUGAAACAAACAAAGAAACAAAGAAAUCUGAGAAAAUGUCUUCUAAACCCAAAAAACAAACUUACAGCGUUUGUUUUUGUUGUCGGCGCCGGUUUAAGCUCGGCGUAUCGGAAGCGCCGCCGGAGAUAAGAACACUUUUCCAUCGUUACUGUGAUCAAAAUGGGAUCAUGACUGCAUCUCAUCUCACAAGGUUCCUUAUUGAGGUCCAGAAAGAAGAGAAUAUCACAGAGGAACAAACACAAGCUAUCAUUGAUAGUCAGAAACAUUUGAGUAUCUUUCAUCGUAGAGGUCUCAAUCUUGAAACUUUCUUCAAGUUUCUCUUCAGUGAUAGUAAUCCUCCUCUUGUUCCUUCUCGUGGGGUGCAUCAAGAUAUGAGUUUACCAUUGUCUCAUUAUUACAUACACACUGGUCAUAAUUCAUAUCUAACUGGAAAUCAGCUUAGUAGUGAUUGCAGUGAUGCCCCUAUUAUCAAUGCACUUCAGAGAGGUGUAAGGGUUAUUGAGCUAGAUAUAUGGCCUAAUGCAUCCAAGGAAGAUGUUGAUGUUCUUCAUGGAAGGACAUUGACGACUCCUGUGGCGCUUAUAAAAUGUUUGACAUCUAUUAAGCAGUAUGCGUUCGUCGCGUCAGAAUAUCCUGUUGUAAUAACCUUGGAAGACCACCUUACUCCUGAUCUUCAGGCCAAAGUGGCUCAGAUGGUUACUCAAACAUUUGGAGACAUACUAUUUUGUCCUAGCACAGAAGGCUUGAAGGAAUUUCCUUCCCCUGAUUCACUUAAAAGAAGAAUCAUCAUAUCAACCAAGCCACCUAAGGAGUACCUUGAGGCAAAAGAAGGAAAGGAAAAGGAGGAUCCACCGAAGGGAAAGCCUGCAGAUGAUGAAGAAGCUUGGGGCAAAGAAGUCCCUAGUUUGAGAGGGGGUACCAUAGCUGAUUACAAGGAUGAUGACAAUGAUCUUAGUGAUGAUGAAGAUGAUGACGAGGAAAAGUCGCUACAAGAUGGAUCGGAUGAAUAUAGACGUUUAAUUGCUAUUCAUGCUGGGAAACCUAAAGGUGGAAUAGUGGAAUGUCUCAAAGUGGAUCCUAAUAAAGUGAGGCGUCUAAGUUUAAGUGAAUCACAGCUCGAAAAGGCUGCUGAAACAUAUGGAAAAGAAAUUGUAAGGUUUACUCAGCAGAAUAUACUGAGAGUGUAUCCGAAAGGUACACGCAUUACCUCAUCAAAUUAUAAUCCGUUAAUUGGGUGGAUGCAUGGAGCUCAGAUGGUUGCAUUUAACAUGCAGGGGUAUGGGAGAUCUCUUUGGUUGAUGCAAGGAAUGUUUAAAGCCAAUGGCAGAUGUGGUUAUGUUAAAAAACCAGAUUUUCUAUUAAAACCUGGUCCCAUUAAUGAGGUUUUUGAUCCUAAAGCUCCUUUGCCGGCGAAAACUACUUUGAAGGUGACUGUAUAUAUGGGGGAAGGAUGGUAUUAUGAUUUCAAGCAUACACACUUUGAUCAAUUCUCACCUCCAGACUUCUAUGCAAGGAUUGGGAUUGCUGGUGUCCCAUUUGAUACUGUUAUGAAAAAAACCAAGUCAAUAGAGGAUAGUUGGUUGCCUUCUUGGAAUGAGGUAUUCGAGUUCCCACUUUCUGUUCCGGAGUUGGCGUUGCUUCGCAUAGAAGUUCAUGAGUAUGACAUGUCUGAGAAGGAUGACUUUGGUGGGCAAACAUGUUUACCUGUGUGGGAACUAAGAAGCGGAAUUCGAGCAAUUCCACUUCAUUCCCGCAAAGGUGAUAAAUACAACAAUGUAAAGCUUCUCGUGCGCUUUGAAUUCAUCUGAUUUUGUGUAUCCUUUGUUCUAUAUUUUGUACAGCAAUUACAAUAUAAUGCAAGAGUCUGUAUGUAGCUGUCUAGUACCAUAUAUUGUUAAGUUUGGAUGAAUUUUUUUUUUCUUUCCCUUUUGGUAUUUACUCGAAUAUCUAAGGGUGUGAGAAUAAUCUAUUGGUAGAUGAUGUUGAUGUUGUCUAUACCAAAGAGUGUGUUUCCACGGAUUUUGAGUGAUGUUUUUUAUUAAGAAAUAAAGAUGUGUAUCAUUGCAUUGUAA